UGUCCUUGGCCGGCGUGCGUUCUGAUCAACAUGGCAGCUCUACUGGCUGGUGCCCGGCUUGUUCUAAGUCAAGGAGUGCGCCUGGUGCCUGUCUAUGCCCGGCGGCAAAGCGCGGUGCCAGUCAGGUGUCUGAGCAGCUCGUCCAGAUUAUUCACACUCGUCGCACAAGAGCAGGGGACCGCAGACGCAGAGUCUGCCCCAGUCGCCAGGGUCCGGUCAUGGCAGGAAGGUCCAUGGUCCAUUCAUCUGAUAGGGUCCAGGCUGAAGAGAAGUGGACGUGUUGGCAGACAAAAGCUUCUUAAUACUUUUGAAGAAGUUUGCAAAACAGGUAAACCCAACAGCAACCAGGCCUGGUUCUUUUUGCGUGCCUGCGGCCCUUUUAUGCCAGAGGUGCCCCCGGUGGAGCGAACGGAGAUGGCAAGCAGUAUCUGGAACAAGCUGAAAGAACUGGGUGUGGAGUUUAAUGUCAACCAUUACAACACACUGCUGGAGGUCUACAUUCACAAUGAACAUGUCUUUUCACCCACUGAAUUCCUUGCCAACAUGGAAGCGGCUAAUGUGGAGCCUGAUCAGGGCACUUAUCAGGGGCUCAUUGCAGCGUAUUGCAGUGAAGGAGACAUCGAUGGGGCAAGCCAAAUUUUAGGAUUUAUGAAGAGUAAAAAUUUCCCCAUCACUGAAGAAGUAUUCAAUUCUCUGAUUAAAGGACAUGCCAGAGCAGGUGACAUGGAAAGUGCCAAGAACGUCCUGUCUAUCAUGCACAGCGCCGGGAUGGAGCCACGAUGGAGCACACAUGUGGCGCUAUUAAAUGCAUAUGCUGAGAGGGGAGAUAUUGAAAAUAUCAGACAGAUUUUGAGCAACAGUGAAAUUAACGUUCCACAGAAACAAUUGCCUUCAGUUAUAAUUGCACUGGCGAAGUCUGGGUACUCUCAGUAUGUCCCUGAUGUACUUGAGCACAUGCCGAAUUGCAUAUCCUUUUCACAAGACAUCAUAAAUCUCUGCUUGGUGUUGUUGACUCACGGCUAUGAAGAUGCAGCGCUAGAGGUUGCAAAACAGCUAAAUGGCUGGAAACCAGCUGAUGGAAAUUCGGAAAGUCAACCUGGCGAUUUCUUCCUCCGUCAUUGUGUUAAUUUAAAAAUGCCGGUCAGUGUUCUGAUGAAGUGUGCUGACCAGAUGCUGGCUGCCGAAAUGCACAAGCAGCCCAAGGAGUUCAUGUUACAGUGUGCUUUGAGGAGUUCUAACUCAGACUUGGCCUUGGAGCUCAUGAGGGCCAUGAAGGAUGAAGGGAUACCCCUUAGACCUCGCUACUUCCGAUCAACACUCACUCAGUUGCGCAACAGGAACGAUCUGCAAGGCUUAAUUCAUUUAUUGAAAACUAUGAAGACCCAGGGGGUGGAUGUGGAGCUGGACGUCUUGUCUAAAUGUAUCGCCUGGAUUUUCUCGGAGGUUAACUCUGGCCAAGCCAUUCUGCAGGAUAAAGAAUGUCUAGAAGACCUUGACAGCGUGUCUCUAUCAGCAGUCCGACGAGGACUCUUCACUGGGAAUCUGACAAAUGUGCACACUUUCUUGUCGUCCUCAAGUACCACAAUUUCAAAGGACAGAAACAUAGUGGCUGCUUUAGGUGCUGCACUUUUAAAGUACAAAGAUGUAGACAUGAUUGCAAAGAUAACAGGGCUCUUGUACAAGGACGGCUCCGACAGCAAAGAUUCUUCAAGACCGACUGACUUUAUUGGCUAUUUGCUGUAUUACGUGAUUGACAGAAUGAGCGGCUCGGAGGCACAGGCCAUGGAGGAGCCUCUGAGACAAUACUUCCAUCAGCUCAAGGAGAUGGGCCUAACGAUUGACACGAAACAGUACAGAGGUAUUGAAAAGCUGCUGGAACGUCAUGGAGUCUCACAGUUAAAUGAGGAUCUUAAGAAGUUGCUGAAAUUCAGUGCAUCUCCUGUGGUGGAACCAGCUGAAAACAUUGCUGUAUUGGAGGAAGAGCUGGCCAACCUGAAGAAAGAAAAUCAGCCCGUUGAAUCCGUUUUACUGAAACUUCUUAGCUCCCUACGUGCAGAUAAGGAUUUGCCGAAAGCGCUGCAGUUAAAAGCCAAAUACGGAGACGACUUUACCUUUGGCAUGUAUAUGAGGCUCCUGUCUAUAUGCUGUGAAGAAAAUAACGCACAGGAGGCGCUAAAGGUGAAGAGAGAGAUAGACCAGAAAGGGUUCACUGCUGUUCCCACCACUCAGAAGUAUGUCACCCUCUUAAGGGUCCUUACAGAGAACGGUUUAAUAGAAGACGCUAUUAACAUUCUGAAGGAGAUGCAAGAAAAAGAUGUUCCCAUGAACGAGGCCGCAACCGAUUACUACUUCCACAUCCUCAACAACAUGGCCUUGAAAGGUGACGCCCAGGCUCUCAACCUCUUCCACGAGUACAGCGUGAUGAUGGGCCUGAUCAACCCCAACGGCAGGAUGUGCGCCCCGCUGGUGAUGGUGCAUCUGAAAAAGAACGACGUGCCCGCCUCCCUGAAUGCUAUGAGCGAGUGCAUUGAAAAGUACAAGUGCGCCCCUCUGUUACAUGACGUGCUGAGCAUCCUAGUGGAGAAAGGAGAAACAGAUUUGCUUAAAAAAGCUGUGGACCGCUUAAGUGACUUCAUGGGCGAGCAGUCCAUGCUCCAUGAACUUUUCUUUGCUUUCAUCAGAGCUGGAAAAUACAGCGAGGCCGAGAAGAUUGCAGAGACACCGGGCUUGAGAGCAUAUCCAGUCAAGAUGAGCUGGUUUACUGAUCGAUGCAUCAGGACCAACCAGGUGGAAUUAUUGGAGAAAUGUGUAGAAAUCUCCCAGAAACUAUUUGACUGCGAUAGAGAAGACCUGUACUUUCAGUUAUUCAAAAUAUAUGAUAAAAAUAACGACUGGGAAAGGGCGAAGAGCGCUUGGCAAAAAAUGAAGGAGGAAAGCGUCCUACCCCAAGAGACGACGCUGAACCUCCUGAAGAGCAUAUUUAAGAAAAAUGGACAAGAUAUUAAUGUUCACAUCCCAGAGCUUGAAAAUACUACUAAAUCAGUCCGAGGGUCUGGUAGAAGAGUCAUAGACUUGUGUAUGGACGGCCAGAUUACAGAGGCGUUUGCAGUAUUUCGUGAAGCCGAACAAAAUAACGUCCCGUUAACAGGCAGAACGUACACAAGUCUUGUCAAAGCGCUGGUGAAAGAGGGCUUACUGAAUGAGGCGGCCAAAGUGGAAGCUGUCGCCAAGAACCGCGUCAGGAACUACAGCCUGAGGGGUACAGCCGGUAAUCUCCUCAUCGAAGAGCAAGUUAGGCGGGACUGUUUGAAAGAUGCGCUAGUCACGCUGCAGACCAUGCUGGAAAAUGGCAGCAAGCCCAUGCGGUCCACGUUGAACAAACUCGCCAACGCUCUCGCUUUGAAUGGCGACGUUCCGAGCCUUGAAAAGAUAAAGAUGUUAACUGAACGCCAUGAAUUACCUGCCCAAGUGCUGCCGCAGAGUCUGAACAGCUGUGUGGUUUUGGCCCAUCUGAAUAGUGGAAACUUUGAAGAAGGGAUCUCCAUGUUGGAAUCCAUCUGUAUAAAUGAACCGAAAAAAUCCUACACGUCCUUCUUGAUAGGCCAGCUGCUGAAGAGCAACAAGGAGGAGGCACUGGAGAAAUUGAGCAUCUUGGCAGAGCGCUUGGCCAAUCAGUUUGCAAACUACGGACCUGUUACCGAUCUCUUUCUGAAUUAUGUGAAAGCGGGAAGAGAAGAAGCAGCCAGUCAUCUAUUACAGAGAUGCGGUGCCAUCAUGGAGCAGAGAGCACAGUUGGCUCGCUACAUUAACAGACAGAUGGGACGGAAUGAGGAGGAAGAAGUGACGCGUCUGAUGGAAUUACUCUCCGAUCCAUAUUACAAACAAGUCCUCUACAGUUAUAAGAUGAAAGCAUACGAAUCCAACAAGGAGGUUGAGGCAGCCGUCUCUUUGUACAAGAAAGCCAAAGCCGAGCACAUUGAUCCAGAUGAGCUGUUCCUAAAACGCCUGGCAGUCCUUCUAAGAGGCGCAGGGAGGCCUGUCCCAUUCUCCGAGCCCCCAGAAACCAUAGAAUAUUAUAAAGAAAAACUGAAGAAACAAACGUCACAAAACGAUGAAGAGCAGAGGGAGGAAUGAGAGUUUUUGUUUUCUUUUACAUUUUUACAAUGUUUUUUUUUUUUUGUAUGUGUAUUUUGUUUCCCAUUGUAAAUUGUAAUGUGAAUGCUCCGUGAACUUUAAUUAAACUGACCAAAAAUGUAAAAAAAAA